AUGACCACGCCUUCUGGUGCUUCUCAUCCGGGACGACCGUUUGUCACCGAGUCAAUUGCGCGAUUCCGAGGAGUGUAUCAAGUAAUGCAAAAAGCCCGGCGCUCCCGUCCUAGUCAGCUAAAGGUCGGGCCCGGAAUGGCUGUAAGGCCCACCCCCGCUUUUCGUAUUCUUUUGACCAGGCAGCCGCUAAAGGCAGGCCUCUCCAAUCCUCGAGUUUUGCAGAAAUUGUGA